AUGGUAUGGACAAUUCUCGUAUUUCCAAAAAAGAAAAAAAAGAUUUGGAAGGCCAAGCAAAAGCCUGUUGUGGUAUCCACUGGGGAGCCAUUGUGCUUAGAUUGGACGGAAAGACCUAAUGAGUAUCUGCCAAACAUAGAUACACAAACUAAUCACGUGAAUUCCAAUAUGGUGGAGCCCAAUGAGGAAAAUAUAGACAAGGAAAUUGAGCCUUCAAUUGAAUCAGAAUCGGAUACUGAGUGGAUGUCUAGAGAUGAAAUGGAUAAGGAUUUAUUGGGAAUCACCAAUGUUAGGAAUAUCAACCAAUCUAUGGUUGACCCUGUGACUGAGCGUAGAAGAGUGUCCAAAUGUGUCAAGCGUGCAAGUGCUAGUUGGGAACCCCCUAUGGAUGGGUGUAUUAAACUCAAAUUCGAUGGGGCUACUAAAGGAAACUCAGGGGUCACGGGAUAUGGUUGUAUUGUUAGGAAAGCUACAGGAGACAUUAUGGGCAGUGUAUCGGGAAACAUGGGCAUUGCUUCCAAUAAUGAGGUGGAAGCAAUGGCUCUGGCCAGAGGUCUUAGAUUUUGUGUUGAUAAUGGAUUUACAUCAAUGGAAGUAGAGGGGGAUUCACAAAUCAUAAUCAACGCCAUCAAGAACAACUUGACACCCAAUUGGAAGCUUCGUUGCUACUUGGCUGAUAUUACAAUGCACCUUAACCAAUUUCAAAAUUAUACAAUUUUCCAUGCUUUUCAUGAGGAAAACAAAGUAGCUGAUUAUUUAGCUAAUGUUGGUGUCUCAAUGGAAAAAUGUACCGAGAAUAUCUUGACUGUUGAUUGGCAGAAUGAGCUAAAACAUAUUACAACGGAUGAUUUUGCUAAAUCAGUUUGCAAAGUCAAGUCAGGGAUCAGAUAA